AAUGAAAUAGGAACAUGCGUACUUUUAUAUAUUGAAAAUCUUGUACUAAAGUCAGUCAAUGUUCAAGAUUUAGACUUAACAUUCUAUUCCGACAACUGCUGUGGACAGCAAAAAAAUAAAUAUAUACUAUCAAUGUAUUAUUAUGCGGUUCAGAAAUACAAUUUACGAAGCAUUACACAUAAAUAUUUAAUUCAAGGCCACUCUCAAAAUGAAGGAGAUAACGUACAUAGUGUAAUAGAAAGACAAAUAAAAAGACAUUUAGGUAGCAAACCGAUAUAUAUACCAGAUCAAUAUAUCACGUUAAUAGCAACCGCCAAAAAGACUGGUCCACCAUACACAGUUCACGAAUUAUCGCAUAAUGAAUUUUACGACCUGAAGUUACUACAAGAAGAAUGGGGUCAACAUUUUUUUCUAAAUGAGGCCAACCACAAAGUUAAUUGGCGUAACAUUAAAGUUCUACGCGUGGAUAAGGACAACAUUGACUCUUUUUUUUAUAAAACGUCGUAUAAGGACACAGAGUUUAUAAAAGUCAAUGUACAAAAAAACAACUUAAAGUCUACUGAAUAUUGGAAUAGCUACAACCUACGCCCUCUUUAUUUGGAAAAUUUGCCUUUAUCAGAAGUUAAAAAACGAGAUAUAGGAGACCUGGUCAAAAAGAACAUUAUUCCAAAGAGUUUUUAUGAGACAUACUAUAAAAACUUAAUAGACACUUAAUUUAAGUUUAAUUCAUUGAUAAUUUUUUUUUAAUAAGCAAUAACUUUUGUUUCGAAUUACUGGAAAUGAAU